AUGAUCCAGCAGCAUAUCGGGGAGCAGGCGACGGAGCCUGGACUCUCAGUCUGGUGGGUGGCCACCCGCGCUGGAGACGUGCACCCCAAGCAGGUGGGCGAGGGACCUCGGCCACCGGUGCUCUUGUCGCUCGAGCUGCUCGAGGUGAACCUGGCCGAAGUGUGCGUGACGGCGUGCACGUCGCCGCCGGGGCCUCAGAGAGGUCUCCGAUCCUCAGGGAGCAGCGUAAGCACGCAGGGGAGAUGCGGCUGUUCCGAGGUCAGAAGAAGCCGAGGGGCGACGGCAAGGGACAGGGUGGAGGCGAACCCGGGCGCCGCUGGCGCCAGGGCGGGGACGUGA